AAAUCAAAUAAACAAAGAUGAAAGAUUGUAAUCAAUGAACCAUCUGUUUGAGUACCUAUUUGAGUGUCGAUAUCGCUAAAGACAUCUUGUAAUCUGUCUACUUUUUCUCAUGACCGAGCUUGUAUUUUGCAUGACUACUGAAGUGUGGUUUUUCUGGCUACUAGUGAGGGUAUGGUGCAGAACUGAAAGUAUGGUGGUAAUAAUAAUCAUUAAUAGAAGGAAUUAGGGGAUUGAUGCAUAUAGAUGUUGCCAUUUAUUCGUUAGACGGAAACCCUGCAGAAAAAUCUUGAAAUUCGCUCCAUCCAUAACCUCCCAAGCCAACAAAACCAGCAGCAUUGACCUGAAAAUUCUCCAGACCCAUUAGCGUAUUGUCUGCAUCACCACCCAUAUACGCAUAUCUUUCCCCGUCCCGAACCUGCCCUGUUGCCAUUCCUAGUUCUGGUAGGGUUUGUAGGUUUGCCGCCAUCGAGUUUGAAAUUCUACCGCUAUCCAACAAAAUAAACGAGAGGAUGGCACAAAGGCUGUUCUCACGCCUUUCGCUCCUCCAAUCCCUCUGUAGAAUCCCUAAACCCCGUUUGGAACCAAGAUUAGAGGCUCUUUCUGACACAAUUACUUCAAGGAAUGGAGUCAAUCUAUGGGUUUCCCACAAUUUACAAGUUCUGCCUUCAUUCUUAGUGUCACGGUCAUAUGCCCGUGGAGAACGUAAAUAUUAUGAUCUCUUUGGCAAUGUAAAACCUGGGGAUGCGGAAUUCAGGAAAGCCUGGGAGAAAGGAAUGGAUGAAGAGUCUUGUAUAUGGACAGGAAGUGAAGAUGAAAGUGAUGAUGAAAAAGGCCAAGGUCCUCUUGAAGAAGAGAUCAGAAGAGUAAAGCAGGAAGCAAAUGAGCAUUCAGACCCCAUUGAUGCUGAUGACAGUGAUGAAUUAAGAAGUGUAUGGUCGGGAAGUGAUGAGGAGAAGACACUUUGGACUGGUAGUGAAGGUGAUGAUGACGAUGAUAUUCCUACAGAAGCCUACCCAAAUGAGAAGAGUGAUGCAUAUCUAGAUAAAUUAUUCGAGUUUGAGGAACCACCUAAGCAUCGAACCAUUUCAGAACUAUUGAAAGCUGAAAAUGAACCAGAGGAGAUGUCCCCAGGAAAGCAAGCUAGGAAAAUUGCAGUUGAGAAUGCUCUGAAACAAUUGAAGAAAGGACCAGAUGGACGGUACACCAAUGUGUGGGAGGUCAUGAGUGAUCUUGACAUCCUAAUAGGAGCAUUUGAAAAUAUUGCGUCAGGGCCAGAAUAUGCGGAGCUGAGACAGGGUGGGCCUAAGAAAUUAAAUAUUCAAUUCUUCAAGGAUAUACAAGCGCGUAUGAGAGAUCCAAAUUACAAGUUUUCACCUGAGUUAAAGUUGAAACCUAAGAGCAAAUUGGUUUCAAGAAAGAAAUGGCAAAAAGCCCAGUCUAGACGGAGGAAAGCGCAGAAGCGCUAGUUGUUACUUUUCAACUUGUUGAGAGAGAGA